AUGAUGGUAAAAAUAAAAUUUGAAUUCUUACCAAAUGAAAUAUUAUUUCAAUGUUUUCAAUAUCUCAAUGCACCAGAUCUAUUUCAUUCAUUUAAUCAAUUAAAUUCUCAUUUUUCUACACUUAUUCGAAAUAUUCCAUUAUAUUUAAAUUUUUUUCAAAUGAAAAAAUCCUUAUUUCAUCAUUUUUGUCAAAUUAUUCUAUUAAAUUCUGAAAUAAAACAAAAAAUUAUCUAUUUACAAUUAUCAAAUGAUGCAACACAUGGUCAAAUUGAACAUUUUCUUUCAUUAUUUUCAUUAAAUACAUUUCUUAAUCUUCGAUCAUUAUUAUUAAUUGAUUUAAACGAAAAUAAUAUUAAACAAGUAUUAUCAAUAUUACCAUUUCUAUCUAAUUUAUAUUCUUUUUCUUUUACCGGUACAAAUAUUGAAACAUUAGAAAUAAUAUCAAAAUCAAAAUUACGAAUGUUAACAGUGCGUUAUUUGGAAUUUGAAUCAGCAUCAAUUAAUCAAACAACAAUAAUAGGAAUAACAUCAUUAACGAUAACUGAUUCUCAGUUGGAUAAUUUUAAGUUAUUUAAAUUAUUUGGAUAUUCGAACAUUAGAAAAUUCCGAGAUGAAUAA